CAGCCAUGGCACGCGGAUCCAGCAUCCUUGCAGGCGCGGUGCUGCUGGCUGGCCUGGCAGCCCUGAACUCCGUGUCCUUCGUGAAUCCUCAGCCCGUUGAGAGAAGCAGCCGCAUGGCCAUGAAGGGUGCUGCCAGGGAGUGGGAUCCUGUGCUGACCCGGGAUGUGGUCGAAGUCAUGGCCACUGCUCCAGCCCAGGGUCAACGUUACCGCAUGAUGGUGCGGGCUGAUGCUGAUGUGUCUGAAGUGAUCAAGGCUGCCAGGAAGAAGCUGGCAUUUGACCAGGACUGGAUCCCUGACUCUGACUUCAAGCUCUACAACGCCGAUGACGAGGCAGCAGGACCCAUGAAGGGCAAGAUGAAGGACAAUGGCCUGAUUGACUUCUCCUUCGAGAUCCACUUGAUGUAUGAGCCUCAGUGAUGUUUGUCUGCGCAGACAUUAUUUUCUCCCGCAUGCUUCUCCGGCACUGGCUCUGCUUAGAGAAAGAGGAGUGCCUUUAUUUGUGAGAGAACUGGGCGACUUCUG